UAGAGAUUGAGAAGUAAGUGUAUUGCGACUGGGACUGCAGUGAAGCCACGCCAAGCCCGAUCAGCGAGACUCCGAGCACCUCAAUCUUCCUUUCUGAUUCUUCCUCUUCCUCCUCCUCUCUCUUCUCCCCUCACAAUAGCUAUCACCAUGCAAGUCGCACAGAUUCUCUCCGAUUUAACAUCCCUUCAAGUUUGUGAUCAUCACGACGCCCUCGCCCUCGUCACCGUCAACGAGAGAAUCCCCCGCACCCACACCGCAGAAGGGGGCGCAUCCCCGGCGAAAUCUGCAUCCGUCGAUCCCACGGAACAGACGGUCCACGAUGACCUCCGCCGUGCCACGGAGUUAGUGGAGUUACACUACGAGAUCAAGGCGCGCCAUGCGGAUGGGAUGGUCGACGACGACCUCGCGAAGGCAAGGGACGAGGUGGAUCGCGUAUUGAUGGAGAUGGAGGAGGAUGCUUGGUAGGAUAUUCAUAAUGCGACGAGGUAUGGUAUGGACAUGAGGUUAUGAGAGGGAACAGGCGGCAUCUAUGGCAUAUGAUGGUGUUGGGUAUGGCGUACGGGUUCUGAACGGACGGAUGGCUGUUAUAUGGCUAUGAUAUGUAUACCACUAGCUCAAGUGAAUUGAGCCUUACUGUAUUUUGAUCCA